AUGCUCAGCCUGGGCCCUGGGGUCAGCGUGUGGCCAGCUCAGGGCAGCACCAGGGCCCUGCCGAGGCCGCAGCUCAGGCUCCCAGAGAGGGGGCUGCUGGGCUUCUACCCGCCGCUGGCCGUGCUGCUGUUCUGCUCCCUGCAGGUGCUGGGCGCCCUGGCCCGCAGGCCGGCCGCCGACGCCGCGCAGGUGGCGGCCUCGCGCCGGGCGGCCCGCGUGGUCUGGGCCAACCUGGCGGUGUUCGUCGUCUGCUUCCUGCCCCUGCACCUGGUGCUGACCGCGCGCCUGGCCUGGGACCUGCCCGCCUGCCCGCUGCAGUUCGCCCUGCACCUCACCAACAACCUGUGCAACGCCAACUGCUGCCUGGACGCCAUCUGCUACUACUUCCUGGCCCGCGAGUUCCCGCAGGCGUCCACGCUGCGCCCCAGCGCCGAGGCCCCUCAGGCCACAGUCCGCGGCCCUGACCCUGGGCCAGGACAGCUCCAGCCCCCGGCAGGCCCCGCGCCGGGAGGUGCCGCGUGGGAGCCGGGGGGGACAGGGGCGGCUCCAGGCCCUCGGGACAGCGAGCGUUCUCCAGGAGGUCCGGCUGGCCGGGACCUGGCCGCACCCAGCUCUUAGCGGAAGGAGGACAGACCAGGGCCAGAGGACCGAGGCCUGAGCAGGACCCAGCGGGGUGGUGGGCCUGGGUCGCGGGGCGGGGCGGGCGCCUGGGGGUCAAGCUGGGCGGGCCGGCCCCCCCCAGCCUAGCUUGGGGAGGUCUCUGGAGCCUGCGGGCUUCCUCCUGCCACCCCUGGUCGCCCUGGGGCUGCUGCCGGGGCCAGGGCCUGAGGCCACUGGCCCUUGUCCCUGCCUGGGGCCACCUCAAGGUGACACUUCAGAGACCCUGUGGCUGUGUUCAACCCCCCAACCCCUCACACCAGUGCCCCUGGGCCCCCCCGGAGACCCACCCUGGCACGCGUCCAUCCCCCAAGGAGAGCCGCUGUGGUUCUGGGGAACCCUGACCCUCGCCUCCACCACGCCCAGGCCUGGGCCCCAGGGACGGGCAAGGCCUGCAGAACCCCUGUGCCUGGGGUGGGGGUGGGGUCGUGGACGCUGAGGCGUGUCACCUGGGGACCACUGGAGCCCAGGCUGAGCGGAGCGGCCAGC